AAUUGAAAGACGAUGGACUCUUGAAAGCUUCUAACAUAACGACUUCGUAUCUGUCUCCCUCUCGCCUCGAAUAUAGCUAAAACUUCCAAACCAAAUCAUCAACCAUGGAGCUUCAAAAAUUCCUGCUUUCCAUCCUUCUACUUUUAGGGUUUCUAUCCAUCAUCGCUCAAUCGAUUCGUUUCGAGAUUGAGUCGGGUUAUACCAAAUGUAUAGCAGAAGACAUCAAAAGCAAUUCUAUGACAGUCGGUCACUAUUCCGUAGUUAAUCCCAGUCAAGGACAUCCUUUACCUGAAUCCCACAAAAUUACUUUGAGGGUGACGUCGGUAUCUGGGAAUUCCCAUCACUAUGCAGAUCAUGUGCAAUCAGGACAAUUUGCAUUUCAGGCUAUUGAGGGUGGGGAUUAUAUGGCUUGCUUUUUUGCAAUCGAUCACCAUCCCCGUGUUAAGAUUCCUGUCGAGUUUGAUUGGAGAUCCGGUGUGGCUGCUAAGGAUUGGUCUACUGUAGCCAAAAAAGGUUCUGUAGAUGCAAUGGAAUUAGAGCUUAAGAAGCUUACAGAUGCUGUCACUUCCAUUCAUGAGGAGAUGUUUUAUCUCCGAGAAAGGGAACAAGAUAUGCAACAGCUUAACAACAAGACAAACUCGAGAAUGGCAUUGUUGAGUUUUGUUUCAUUGUUCGUCUGCUUAUCUGUGGCAGGUUUGCAACUAUGGCAUUUAAAGUCGUUUUUUGAAAAGAAGAAGCUCAUUUAAGGGUUUUCUUUAAUAGCAUAGUUGAAAAGGAAAAAUUGUGGGCAUCGGUCGACCCUUUAUGUAGGUCCAGAUUUGUAGUUGUAGACCACGUUUUUAGUUACAAUGGAGAAUACGGGAUCUGUAGUUGUUGGUCGUUGAUUACAAUUCAACUUGUUAUAUCACAUAAUCAUUACUUUCUAGUGUUAUAUGAA